UUUUAUUGCCCACUGUUAAGUUUAGGCUAUAGUGGUUUUACUUGAUGUCCUUUUGCUACAAAUCUUAAAUAUUGUUUUUUUUAUAUGCAUUUAUUGUGUUUGCCAGAAAGAAAAAAAAUUAGAUGGUGAAAUCCAAGAAACAGUCUGGCUCUUAGUUAUUGCUCCUCAAUUCUACUUCAACUACUAUUAUUUUCCUCCCCUAUAAAUUCCCUUUUAUUCUCCUUUUCUUUUGUUACAUCUCAUAGUACUGUCUACUCCACUGAGUAGUACUACUGGCCAUUUUUCUUCUUCUUAAGUUAUAUUCUUCAUUCUCUCAAAACAUGGACAUUGCCAUAGCUUUGCUUUUGUUUACUGCCAUAACUUGUUAUCUUCUAUGGUUCACUUUCAUCUCAAGAUCUCUCAAGGGUCCACGUGUCUGGCCCUUAUUGGGCAGCUUACCGGGCUUGAUCGAGAACUCGGAGCGUAUGCAUGAUUGGAUUGUGGACAACCUCCGCGCGUGUGGUGGCACGUACCAGACAUGCAUAUGUGCUAUCCCAUUCUUGGCCCGGAAGCAAGGUCUCGUGACUGUCACGUGCGACCCGAAGAACUUGGAGCAUAUUUUGAAGACCCGAUUCGAGAACUACCCGAAGGGUCCGACUUGGCAAGCCGUUUUCCACGAGCUGCUUGGCCAAGGGAUUUUUAACUCUGAUGGUGACACGUGGCUGUUUCAAAGGAAGACGGCAGCACUUGAGUUCACGACUCGGACCCUACGCCAAGCCAUGGCUCGAUGGGUCAACCGAGCCAUUCAGCUUAGGUUCUGUCCAAUUCUUAAGAUGGCUCAGCUUGAAAACAAGCCGGUUGAUUUACAAGAUCUUUUACUUAGGCUCACUUUUGACAACAUUUGCGGCUUGGCUUUUGGCAAGGACCCGCAAACAUUGGCACCCGGCUUGCCGGAGAAUACCUUCGCUUCGGCUUUUGACCGAGCCACGGAGGCGUCGCUGCAGCGGUUCAUAUUGCCAGAAGUUAUAUGGAAGCUGAAGAAAUGGCUUGGGCUAGGAAUGGAAGUCAGCUUGAACCGAAGCCUUGUACAGCUGGACAAAUAUAUGUCUGACAUCAUCAAUACACGUAAGCUUGAGUUGAUGAGUCAGCAAAAAGAUGGAAACCCUCAUGAUGACUUGUUAUCAAGGUUCAUGAAGAAGAAGGAAUCCUACACGGACAAGUUCUUGCAACACGUGGCACUCAAUUUCAUCCUAGCUGGACGUGACACGUCAUCGGUCGCAUUGAGUUGGUUUUUCUGGUUGGUCAUACAAAAUCCAGUAGUUGAACAAAAGAUCUUACACGAAAUAUGCACGGUCUUGAUUGAGACACGUGGCAGUGACACGUCAUCAUGGCUCGACGAGCCGUUAGCUUUCGAGGAAGUUGAUCAAUUAACCUACUUGAAAGCUGCAUUAUCUGAAACUCUCCGGCUUUAUCCGUCGGUGCCGGAGGACUCAAAGCAUGUGGUGGUCGACGACGUGCUGCCGGACGGAACAUUUGUUCCGGCAGGUUCAUCAAUAACAUAUUCUAUAUAUUCAGCUGGAAGAAUGAAAACUACAUGGGGCGAGGAUUGCUUAGAAUUCAAGCCAGAAAGGUGGCUAACCCCAGAUGGUAAGAAGUUCGUAAUGCAUGAACAAUACAAGUUUGUGGCUUUUAAUGCUGGUCCAAGGAUAUGUCUCGGGAAGGACUUGGCAUACUUACAAAUGAAGUCGGUGGCGGCAGCAGUGUUGCUCCGCCACCGGCUAACGGUGGCUCCCGGCCAUAAGGUGGAGCAAAAAAUGUCGUUGACUUUGUUCAUGAAAGACGGCCUUAAAGUUAAUCUUCGUCCACGAGAUCUCACACCAUUAGUGGCUAGUGUAAAGAAGGAAAGAGAGGUCCAAUUAGUCCAAAAUUUGCAUGGGGACAAACAUGAAUGUUCAUAAUGGGGAGAGGGGUAGGAGGGUGGUUGAGGUGGUUUAAAGAAUGGUGUCGGCAAAUAUUGAUUGCAAGGAAGCUAUAGUUCAAUUAUAUUUGCUUAUGGUGGUUAUAAUUCUCACAUGAAUGCUCAAUUAUGGCAGCUUUUGUCAUAAAGGAGAAAUGGUGGUAUAUUCAUGAUUUUUAAGGUACAUCUCAUUCAUUGUGGGAAAAACUUUUUUUUGGGUGGUAGAUGGUACAACAGGAAUGAUUUUGAGGUUGAAGAGGAGGGAGAUUACUCAAUAAUUUAGUAGUAAUAAGUUGUACAAGUACUAGCUGCACUACUUUUCUUCUUUUAAUUAUUCUAUAGUAAAGCUGACCCCUUUAUUUGUUCCUUUUACGUUGUUUUGUUAUUCCCCAUAGAAUUCUUUUGUAUUUCUACUUUUUUUCACAGUCUCACUUUUGUCUGGUAUGUUAAUUCUUUUGUAUUUCUAGAUCUUUUCACAGUCUCACUUUUGUCUGGUAUGUUAAUUCUUUUGUAUUUCUAGAUU